CGUCUUUUUCGCAGUCGAUUGCAGUGCGCCUUACCGCGUAUGACAGAACGAAUUCUACGAUACAGACGGAGCGCGGAGAGUCCGUGACAUUUAUUUUCCGAUUUUUGAUUACGAUAAGUGUGUCUUACUAGUAUUAUUAUUAUUAUUAAUUAUUUGAUAAAAAAAAGGUGAUUUUGAAGUUUUUUUGUGCCGGAUGACAGUUUGAUGUUCGUGAAGUGGAAAGGGCACAUUUUCGGACUUACACGCCGUUUCUUUAGUCGAUAUUUUGAAGGUUAAGGGUCGACAUUUGAUACUUUUUUUUUGUUAAAAGGGCGACCCGGUCAUUUGGAAGGACGCUUAUAGUUGUUUUUGGGUUUGACAGAAUCAAUCGUGAGUGCGGUUACCAUGUAAUUUUACCAAGACCAACACGGAUUAUAUACGAAGAAUCGAUCGGCAUGGUUUUAGGAUGUAAGCCACUCUGGACAGCACUGCAGAUACUAUGGGGCAUAAUUUACGUGGUGUGCGGCGCAUUUCAGCUGAUGGCUGCCAUUUUUUUUCUAGUGUCGAUACGCCUUUUGGUGCCGUACAGUUACAGCAUCGUGAUAGCUGGAGCAUGGAAUGUUCUUAUAGGAAUCCUGGGGAAAGUGAUAGUCUGUAUAGCGGGGCUAUCACGUAAACGCCAAGAAACCUUACUGUACUUAGCCAUAACUAUCUUAGCAGUUAACGCUGUAGCUAUAGUGCUGUCCGAGAGGGAGCUGUACCAAAUAGGAUUAAAUCAGUUGCACCGUACUUAUACUAAUCAUGUGAUUAUAGAUUAUGCUUUAUUUAUAGUAAGAAUAUCCACAUCGACCGUCAUUGUGGCGUCAUUUUUCGACAGCCAGUUUGCGUUCUGUUCCACGCACUCGUUGACUAAUAACAGGAGGAAACGUGGGCCCAAGAAGAAGAUCCACGGGUCACAUGACCAAGUUUCGGAUAUCGAGUAUAUCAUCCCCAGGUCAAAAUCCACCAAAUCAACUGGCCCACCACACCAAGUAUACGACGCCUACGCCCAAAGUUGGGUGUUUGAUUCCGAACACCCCGGUACAUCCAAUGGAUCAUCCAACCCUAACCAGUCUGGCUACAAAAUUCUACAAAAUGGCACCCCCAAGAACCCUCUUGGCCGGCCAUCCGGAGGUCUACAAAAUGGGUCGACAGUAAAAGAAGUUACCCAUCUAAUAGACAACCCAGUAGUCCACAUAGAAGAAGCCUCUGACGAUAGUACCAGCAACUCGGACCGAAAGAUCUGCCAUAUGAGGAGCUUUAGCAGGUCAACUUCGCCCAUCAUCUUGUCAGCUAGCUCAAGUCAAAUCAGCUUAAGCAACUAUAAUCCGGUAGUUAACAAUCCCCCUAUAUAUGAAUAUUUGGAGAAGUUAACCGAGCCUCAGAUUUAUAGGUCUAGGCUUAAUACGGCUCUAAGUAACAAAAGUCAAGAGGAGGAGGCAAGCCAGUAUCAAGCCCCUCAAACUGUGAUGUUAAAACGGGUCGAGGCUGUGUCCCCUCAGGUGGUAGAGCCUGUACAGUAUGCCUCACUUAUGAAGGAGCUUCAAAAGGCCAUAGUGAGUAAGAAGGAGCCUCCAAGCGUUACAUCACCGCUGAGUAACAGUGAGAGCCAGAGCCACUCGAAGAGUAGCGACGCGGAGUUCAGUAAGGAGCUGGAGGCGGCCUUGCAGUUGAUUCAGGAUCUGGAGAGUCCCAACACGGCUGAGACUCCAUCAGAUCCGCCAAUAUCGCGCCCCCUAUCGGUAUGGCGCAAGAACAGCGAGCAAAGUGGCAGCGAAAAGACCCUCAGCGCAGUCGGCUCAAUGGCGGAAAUCGGAUCACCCUUAACCGAAUUGCCCCCCAUCCAGGAUCGACAUUCACCCACCUCGAGCACCGGUAAGGGCGGCCAAAAGGUCAUUGUGCGCUACCCCGACUCCCAGAGCACUUCCGGAUACAGUUCUCCCUCUCACGGGCAAACUCCCGAUUGGUCCACCACAUCCUCAAUUAACGGAAGUAGCACUGAUAUUGUUAGACCUGUAUCUUAUCACAUCCAUAAUGCUAAAUCGACGACGGUUAUUUCGUUGUAUACGCAUCCAGAAGCGGGGCAGGCCAAAGGGAAAUCGGUUACUCUAGUCAAAAUUUCCGGGGAGUCGGAUCCUCUCGAUCAUUCCAGAACUCUGGAUGAGACUCCGAUCCAUAGUUCCACUUUGAUCAAUUUAAAAUCACCAGUUGGGGAUCGGGGUAAAAGUUUGUCGUCUGCUCAAACGACUCGUAUGGAGUCGUUUAAGGAGCCUAAGCAUGCCGUUGAGAGUAGCAGCUCGGGUAUAUGGAACGUCAAGUCACUCUUAAGGAAAAAGAAGGUGCCGAAACUGUGUCCCGAGCUAGAGGGCGCCAUUAUUAAAUCGGAAAGUCUCGCUUAUUUGUCUGAGACGGAGUUGCUAGCCCGAGCGAAGCGAAACGAGGACAUGCAUCGGCAAAUUGAAGAAAAAGUUUGCCAACAACUAGGAGUGCCACGCUUAGAAUCCGAAUCUAAUUGUUAAGUUUUCUUAGUCAGUAUUUCAAAUCUACACUGUUUUUUCCUCUAACAAUAAUAAAUUAUUCAGAUUACUAUUUAUAUUAUCCAGGGUAAAAGAAAAGAUAUUUUGAGAAAGAGUUUUUUAAAAGUCGUUGGAUGGCCCUGUAUAUACAAAUUAAUUUAUUACUAUAGGCUGUUACCUUUUUACAUAUUCUAUAUGAUAUUCGAAUACUCUUAAAUUCGUCCAUUUUUCUCGAAAUAAAUUAUUUAUACUUUUACAUACCCUGUACCUCGUAGGUCAAUUUAUUUUUGUGUAUAUUUAUGAUUACUGUGUAUAUAUUAUAUAUUGUUAUUCUAGUGAUAUAGUUUAUAUUACCAUUGUGAAUUUUAUUCUAUCAUGUACAUAUUUAUGAUAAAAUAAUAGUGUCAGAGUAAUGAUGAUUUGGAGUACCUACUUUUUUAUAAAAUAAACAUUCCUUAAUAAUAAAUCUUUAAAGAUA